ACAACGGUUUAAGAAUAUGUCGCCCUCCUAAACUGAAGCGAAACAAAUGGCUAACGCGGUUGAAAUGAUCGUUUUCAACUUAGUUUCUCAUCAUGUAACGUGGUUUUUAUUGUGUAUGUCUCCGGCUGCCACUCAGAACACAGUUGUUUUCCAGCCGUCGUUUCUCUCAACAACUGGACCUUCAGUCUCUGCGGUGCUGCUCGGAAACACGGCGGACAUCUCUGUGUAUGUGAGGACAGUCUCCCCCUCUAAUACCACAGGAAGCAUUGGUCCGCCAUCAUGUGUAUCCGAUGAAACACAAUGGGUGCUCACAACGGAGCAGGUGGGAAAGACUGCAGUUCAGAUUGAGCUGAGACUGGACAGAAGUCUGAGCUUGUGUGGGGAGAAUGACACAGAAACAGACUGCUGUCCAACGCCGCUGUGUGUCCUGGAGACCCUGCAGGUGUCUGCGUGUGUCGGCAGCAAACCUCAGGCAUCACUGCUGAUCCAGGCCAGGAUACAUGCCCUGCUGCUCCCUGCUGAUGCUGCAUCUGAUAAUAACACGGUCAUUCCUAACCAAGUGUACCAACCCCUGGGCUCGUGUCCCUGUGACCUCACAUUCAGAGCAUGUGAUGUACGCUGCUGCUGUGACAAGGAGUGUUCCAGUGAAGAUCUGGAGCUGUUUGCGUCUCACUGUCUUCCUGGACCUUUUGGUGGACAGAUGAUUACUGAUCCAGACUAUCAGUGCUCUGUGCAGUCCUCUGACAACUCCCCAGACUGGUUUCCAUUUUUAUGUGUCAAUUCUCCGCCUGAAAACAACCCUUACCUCGGGCUCUUUUACCUGGGAGACACAAUCCCGUCUGAGCCUGCUCCAUCCUUCCAAAUGCCUCCCAUGUCAGCUCCAGUACCAGUCAUUGAAUAUAUUCAAGGAAGUCCAAUUUUCACAAUGACGGAGCAGUUCUUCACUAUCCCCCGGAUGGUGCUCGGGCGUUGUGUAAACAAUGCUCCUGUAGCAUUUUUGAACAACUUUGCAGUCGAGUGUGUAACUCCGCUACAAUCCUGUCCAACUGGAGCUCCAUUACAAACACUACCUGAGGAUUUGAGGAUUCAAGUGAAGAAUGGCCAAGGAGGCGAUGUUAUGGUGGAUGUUACUGAAGAAGUGGCCGCUGACUUGAGUCCGUUUAUUUCCAGCACACAUGCUGUUGCCUCUUCAGAUCAGAGUCUGGAAUGUGAGAAUGUGACCUUAGCCCUGGAUUACAAAUUCUACUGGAAAGAAAGCAUCACAGACAUCACACUGACGCACACUGUUGGUACCAUCACAUUAAACAGAAGUGUGACUUUAACGACAAGAUAUUCUGCUGAGUUCCUAAAUGGAGAAUUUCCCGGUGAGGCCAAUUCAGGGAACCCAGGUUAUCAGGUGGGAAGACCCGUCAUUGCUGGAGUUGUGGACUUGCUGGAAAACACUACAGGCUCAAUCCAAAGAAUGUCAAUCAGUCUUUGGAAACCAGUAAGCGAUGGACUGUGUUCCACUGCGGAGAAGAAACCGGUUCUGUUUGGAGAGAAUUCCACAUCAGGAUGUUUGCUACCUGUGAGCCGGCAGAAUCUGACUGAGUGUGAUCUCCUGAGAGAGACUGUUUCUUCUCUUCAGGCAGCUUUGGUCUCAGCCACAUAUGUAGCCAGGAGUGGAAACCCUGAUCCUCUCCUGUUGACAGACUGGCUGAAUAUAAGCUUUGUGACAGUGAACUCGAACACAACAAUGGAAGACAGCCCGGGUUCGUGCAACAGGAUUCCCUCCCACCAGCACGUACAAGUUUGGAGUCUUAUCACAGGCAUGGUAGACGGCACACCACAAAGAGAUAUCCUUGAUUUGCAAGUCAGUUUAAGCCUAUCGUCCUGGACACUGGAUUGCGGAGGAGGGGAUAUCUCUCCAUGUGUGGACCCUUUGAAGACGCAGUUGUUCCCCAUCACCUCCUCAGUCACCUUUAUAGACAUCCCCAUCAACACAGGACCCCCAAAAACCAGGUUUCAGAUUAACUUCACAGAGUACGACUGUAACAGGAAUGACGUGUGUUGGCCUGAGCUCGCCUUCCCCAUCACCAAGUUUUACACAGGUGAGCCGUAUUCCCAGUCACUGGCGAAGGGCCUUAUCUUGGUUUUCUUCUUUAUCACGGCCUCGAUUCUUGGGACGCCAUGGAGACAACUUCGACAAGCGUGGAGCUGAUCCCCUCUCUAAGCCUCUCUAAACCUUAAUGAUGUUUGUUAUUUAUUUGUGGGAAUGUAAAUACUGAAGUGAAGCAUUUUGUAAUAAAGAUACUUUUUUAUGACUUUA